GGAGGGGCCAUGCCGAGGCUACGGGUUUGAGGACGCUGGUGGUCGGCUCCUUGGGCAGGCGAAAGGCGACCCCAACCUUCCCUGGCUUUCACCAUGAGUCCGGCGUGAGCUCAGCCGACAGCACAGGCGUCUCCAUGGUGCAGGACAGCGGCAUGUCACGCACACCUUACAGCUCCAGCCAAGACAUCCAAAUGGAGGUCUUAGACAAUCCUGGCCUCCAGGGAAAGUAUAGCAAAAGGAAGAACCGCUUCAAGCGCUCCGAUGGCAGCACCUCUUCUGACACAACGUCAAACAGCUUCGUCAGGCAGGGUUCUGCUGAGUCCUAUACCAGUCGCCCAUCUGAUUCUGAUGUGUCCUUGGAGGAAGACCGUGAAGCCCUGCGCAAAGAAGCAGAACGUCAAGCAUUGGCACAGCUGGAGAAAGCCAAGACCAAGCCAGUAGCAUUUGCUGUGAGGACAAAUGUGGGCUAUAAUCCUUUUCCCAAUGAUGAUGUGCCAGUCCAAGGCAUGUCUAUUUGUUUUGAACCCAAAGACUUCCUACAUAUCAAAGAGAAAUAUAACAAUGAUUGGUGGAUUGGACGUCUGGUCAAAGAGGGUUGUGAAGUGGGCUUCAUCCCAAGCCCGGUCAAACUGGAGAACAUGAGGAUGCAACAGGAACUAAAGAUGAGACAACAUCGGCUCAGUUCCAGUAAAUCAGGAGACAACUCUACUUCCAGCCUGGGAGAUGUGGUAACCGGUCCCAGGAGACCCACCCCACCUGCUAGUGGUACCUUGGAACUGACUAAUUUAGCUUAUGACCCAGAUGCUCUUGAUUUAGAGGAGGAGGAAGAGGCAGGAGUCGACGAGAGCCAGCGCACCCCUAAAACUAGCGUUAGCAGUGUCACUACACCUCCCUCUACCACCAAGCGCAUCCCCUUCUUUAAGAAGACAGAGCAUGUCCCACCAUAUGAUGUGGUUCCUUCUAUGCGUCCGAUCAUUCUUGUAGGCCCAUCUUUGAAAGGAUAUGAGGUGACAGACAUGAUGCAGAAAGCCUUAUUUGAUUUCUUGAAACGCCGAUUUGAUGGCAGAAUAUCCAUCACACGCGUGACAGCUGAUAUCUCUCUGGCUAAGCGCUCAGUCCUCAACAAUCCUAGCAAACACACCAUCAUUGAGCGCUCCAGUACUCGUUCCAGUCUGGAUGUCUUGGCUGAAGUACAGAGCGAGAUAGAGCGCAUCUUUGAAUUGGCUCGAACAUUACAACUGGUUGCCUUGGAUGCAGACACCAUUAAUCAUCCAGCUCAACUCUCCAAGACCUCAUUAGCACCUAUUAUUGUCUACAUCAAAAUAUCUUCCCCAAAGGUGCUGCAAAGGUUGGUGAAAUCUAGAGGUAAAUCCCAAGCCAAGCACUUGAAUGUGCAAAUGGUGGCAUCAGACAAGUUGGCACAAUGUCCCCCAGUAAGUUCUCUCACUGGGUGCAGCAGCCUAAUGUUUAUCUUUUUCUUCUGUUCGUUUGCAUGGUGUGCGAAAUCUGCUUCUUUCAAUCAGGGACCCUAUUUGGUACAUGGGGAGGAGCCUCAUGACCCCAAGCAUCCUGGCCUCCACAGCUACACAGGGCAGCCAAUGGGGCAUGGCCAGAUCCGUUCAAUGGUGCCUCCUUCUCACUUGGGUGCCCGAGGCCUUUCCCGACAAGACACCUUUGAUUCAGAGAUGCCGGGCAGUCGUGAUUCUGCUUACACUGAUCCAACGGAUUCCUGCAUGGAUAUCGAAACUGACCCUUAUGAGGAGCCGGAGCCUCCUUUCCUGAGUCACCGCCAGGGUGCCUGGGAGGCUGAAGAACCUGAGCCUCAUCACUUCCAGGGCCACGGUCAUCGUCCCCCUCAGUGCCAAGGCUCCCUGGAAGCUGAGGAGCCUGACCGACAAAACCAUAACCGGUCUCUGCGUGGGCGGGGAAAAGGGCGGGAACGCUAUUGCCAGGAAGAGGAAGAGGAGGAGAUGGAAGCUCUAGGUCAUAACCAAAACAAUGUGGAAGACUGGGGGCGUGAUGCUUAUAUUCGUUAAGGCCUCAAGGGCAGGUUUUUAUCCCUCUAGAGAGAAGCUUGUUCCCACUCAGACCUUUGGGAGUGACAGCGGCUGUCCCUAAGAGAUUGGCCUUCAGCUCCACGGAAGAGCUUGAUGGCUGUAGUGUUUGCACCCCCAAACCACACCAUCAUUGACCAGGCCUGUAACUCAAUGCCCCUCCUUGUCUGGGGACUCCCUCCAUUCCCUCUUUGCCAUUUGUGCCAACAACUUCUUUAACAUCCUCAUCCUGCCAGCAGCACUGCCUGGGCUUUCCCACAAGAUCAUGAUGAAUUCACAUUGACCUUAAAUUAUUUAUACUUCAGGGCUGGAAGAGUGGGGACAGAUUCCCUGAGGACAGGGAGAAGAUUGGUCUCCGCUGGUGCCUCAAAUUACCCCACAUGUUUGGGGAAUGGCUGGCGUGGACAGUGACCAUAGACUGGCUCUUCUAAAGUCCUUCUUUCCUGUUCCCAGCCAAAGCCAAACAGCUUCUGGAGGAAGAUGGUCUCCUUUCCUCUAUCAAUUUAAACUACCACAGAUCUCUUCCUUUGCUAUCUUAUGGUGCUGCAACCAGCCCGCCACCGUGGGGGAAAGGGAGAAAAAGAUAACUCUCAAUUUUUCUCCCAAGAUUUGUUCAUUGCCAGAUCUUUUCCAGUGCCUAGAAAAGAAUUACAACACAAAUCACCUUAAAUCAGCCUUCUCCAUUCUGACAACCUCCAGGCCUGUUGCGAUAACUGCAUAAUUCCCAGCCAGCACACCUGGAAGUUAUCAUGUUGGAGAAGGCUGCCUUAAGUGCUUCAGCCCUCCAGUGCCUCUGCUCAGGGCCCUUCGGUUCGUAUUUUGCAUGCUGAACAGAUUCUGAACAUACAGAAUGCAUGCAUGUACGUGUGGUAUGUGCCAUGUGCCUGGCAGAGAGAAAGUCGUUGACCUCCCUGUAAAUUGCUGUCUGGCUCUUAUUACUGACUUUGGAAAACUCUUUCCAGCAUGUAUGAUAGCCUGGCCUGAGAUAUGGGGCAGAUAAAAGGCAAGGCAGGGCAGCUCUUUCACUCCCCUGAGCCCACAAGGAGGCAAGGCUAGCUAGUCUCCUUUGUCUUUGCUGCAGGAGGUGCCUUCUCUUGUGGUAAGCUUGUGUGUUGACCCAUUCUGCUAUUGCUUCUUUCUUCCUUGGUGAACUUGGGUAAUUAGCUUGUCUUCCUCUUCUGAUAAUAUGCUAGACAAAUUUCAGGUAAAGCAACAAACAUAUGGCCCCCAGGAGAGAAAACAGAAAUAAGAAGAAUUGGCAUGGGUUAAGUCAGAGUCCUAAAUCUGUUACUAUUGAUUACUCAUAUGCAGGUCCAGAAACAUGCUGGAUUUAGGGGAGGGCCAGGGGAGGACCAGGGAUGAUCAUCAAGGCAGAACAUGUUAACUAUAUCCAUAGUGGGGAAUUUGUAGCUGCUUGCUCCUACCAUUAUCAGUUAUGCUGUGAUAGACUCUCUCUUACCCAGCCCAAUGUUUUAAGAAUAUAAAUUUUGGGGUCCAAAUCUACUUCCUGCCUCUAGUCCCCAGGAUCUUCCUUUAAAAGGAUUUUAACAGGUAAGAAUUAUGACUUCAUGGAUACAUCCAUGUGGUUUACUUUGCAACAAUAUGGAGGUAAUUUAUUAUUGUUGCUCUCUAAGUAGUUUUAAUCAACUUUGCUUAACUUUUCUUGAAAUCAGCCAGAUCCUGUACUUACUUACACUUAAGAGGAUUGCUCGUUACUAAGAUUUAUUAUUGUGGCAUGGAACUGUAAGCAACCAUUGUUAUUUCUAAAUAACACAGAGACCUCAGGAGUUUCUCCUCUAUAGAUAUUUCAGGCUUCUACGUGACCCUAGAGGAAAAAAAGGUGCCACUGCUUUAAGUGUCAUGUUAAUUUUGAAUGAAUAGAUUCAUUAAGACUUGGAUGGAAGCCUGGAAAAAAGGGAGGCUAAUGUAUAGUGGAGAAGUGCUGUGCUUAAUCUCCUUUGAGUACUGAAGCACUUGCAUAUCAUUUCUGAAGACUGCUCUGCCCUUGUUUAUAAAUUAUAUGCCCCGGGCUCUGUUAGAAUAUUGGUUGUAGAAAUAUUCAAGAAAGGAAGAUACUGGAAACUUGGUUUUAUUUGGAGGAAGAAAUAAUAAAAAAAAUGGGCCGAAAUCAGAUCCUUGGAUUUGGGCAACCUUCUUUAAUGUGGUGCCAAUAACUAAGGAUUCAGAGAGUCCUAGCUCAACAUAUCUGAAAGUCUCCAAGAUAAGAAGGACUGUCAUCUUUCUUUGAUAAAGCUGGUAAGAUUUUGGCAUAUUCAACUAGUAGGAAAAAGGGAGGGCAUUGUGGCAUAUAAAUCCAGCCUGCCUAUUAAUCUACCAAGAAAGUAUAAGGAAUUGAAAUGAAACUGCUGCAAUACAUAGGAAUAACUGUUAACCAGAAAUACAGGUUGGCGAAAUGAGGCAUAUUUUUUUGGAUUUAUGACAUCUUGCAAUGAUUUGGGGGUGGCUGAUCCUGAUAGGUUUUGACCUGAUGGUUAGUGGCAGAAUUAUUGACUUGAUAUCCUUUUGGUCCUUUUUUGCUAUAGGGAAAAGGAAAGGAAAGAAAAUAGAUAAUCUCCCCAGAGCUUUGCUAUUGGUUUGGUCCAAUUAUGUAAUUCCUCCUCACCUAUCCUUGAAACUGAAGUUCUCUGGUUUACUGGUAUCUUUGAUUCCUUAUUUUAAGCUGCUGCCUCUUAUUCCAGAGCUUUGCACACCCAUAGCACUUUAAUGGAUAAUCUUUCUAUUAGACACAACAGCCGCAUAUAUUGCUUUAAUUUUUCUGCUCUGUGAACUUCAAUUUCAGCAAUCCCUGACUUCUUGUGUCCAAGUGAUUAAAUACCAAUAGAGAUAGGAACAGGUUAUUUUAAGUUCUGUAAAUCCAAAUUAAUUUUAGGGUUUUCCCUUCUUGCCAUGCCUUCAAAGUUCUCCAUAUGAAAGACAAUAGGAGAUCUAUUACUCUACCUAUAUGUUCAAGUUUGUUCUGGGAUGGAUUUAACAAUUUUCUGCUGCUUCGGUGGAGAUAAAAAGUUGCAGAUUCAUAAACUCUCUACCAAGUUGUUAACUGUUUAAUUGAGUUUGUUUCUUUGCAGUAGACAAAAGGGUUACAAAUAGGCUUUGAACAAGAAGAAUAUAUCAAAUUAUAAGAUUAUUUUAAGAGAGUGUACUUUAUAUUAUUUAUUGUAGUGUUCCUUGAGAUAAAAUUAGUUGGCCAAAUUUGUAAUGAAUGAUUUCGCCAAAAGACUUACAAACAGGAGUUUCUGGGGAGAAAAAGGGGUGGUGGAGAAGAUAUUUUAAAGAAUAUGUUGUUGAACUUACAAGUAAUUAAGACUGAUCAUCUUCAUCCCCAUCCUAUUUGUACCUUUUGGUUUUAGUCUCCUCUUUGGGUUGUUUUGUUGCUUAAUUUGAGUGGGGAGCAAAAGAGAAAGGUUAUUAUCAAUAGAAGAUAAAUUUUAUUAAGUUUUUGCCUCAUCGUUAUACAACUGGUUCUUCAAUGCUUCAAUAAUUCAAACCCAUCAUUAUCAUGGGAAUAA